GCUGGUUUCAUUCGAGAUAAUGAUGCCACAAUCAGUAGGUGUUCCUUAUUGAUUAAGAUGUGGACCGCAUUUUCGCUUCUAUUUUAAAUAAAAUCUUUAUAUUCGUAUAUUAUUGUGUAUCUGAACUGUCAGAUUUGGAGUGGUAAUGCCUAUUUGCAUAUCUCUUUCAAGGCUUUGGUACAUAAACAAUGCAGGAUUCAGCAUUAAUUGAUAAACGAUACAUCUGUAGUUUAGCUACAUAUCAGCUCUAAUAAUGCCGUUAUUUUAACUCUUGAGACAUUUAAAAUGAUAUAAAGGAUCUCAUAAGUACAUUUCAAAAUGAUUGGAGGAUUGUUUGUGUAUAAUCAUAAAGGAGAAGUGCUCAUCUCACGGGUGUAUAGGGAUGAUAUUGGCCGUAAUGCAGUUGAUGCGUUCCGUGUUAAUGUCAUUCAUGCAAGGCAACAGGUGAGAUCUCCUGUUACAAACAUUGCUCGAACAUCUUUCUUCCAUAUAAAGAGGGCUAAUAUAUGGCUUGCAGCGGUCACUAAGCAAAAUGUCAAUGCAGCAAUGGUUUUUGAAUUCCUCCUCAAAGUUAUUGAUGUUAUGCAGUCUUACUUUGGAAAAAUAUCAGAAGAAAACAUAAAAAACAAUUUCGUUCUUAUCUAUGAACUCCUUGAUGAAAUCUUGGACUUUGGAUAUCCUCAAAACUCUGACACUGGCGUAUUAAAGACAUUCAUUACACAACAAGGUGUGAAGUCUCAGUCAAAGGAAGAACAGGCACAAAUCACGUCUCAAGUAACAGGACAAAUAGGAUGGCGCAGGGAAGGGAUCAAGUAUCGCAGGAAUGAAUUAUUUUUGGAUGUCUUGGAAUUCGUUAAUCUUCUCAUGUCCCCUCAAGGACAAGUCCUGUCGGCUCAUGUUGCUGGUAAGGUCGUUAUGAAGUCUUACCUUUCAGGCAUGCCAGAAUGCAAAUUUGGUAUCAAUGAUAAGAUCGUAAUGGAAUCAAAAGGUAAAAGCAGCGGAAGUGGUAUAUCGGUGGCUGGUGGUGACGAUGGUGCACGAUCCGGUAAGCCUGUGGUUGUCAUCGACGAUUGUCAGUUCCAUCAGUGCGUCAAAUUAUCAAAAUUUGAAACUGAACAUUCCAUCUCUUUCAUUCCUCCUGAUGGAGAAUUUGAGCUCAUGAGGUAUAGAACAACAAAGGAUAUAUCUUUGCCAUUCCGUGUGAUCCCUCUCGUGAGAGAAGUGGGGAGGACUAGGAUGGAAGUGAAAGUUGUCCUCAAGUCCAACUUCAAGCCUUCCCUCUUGGGGCAGAAGAUGGAAGUGCGCAUUCCUACGCCUCUCAAUACCUCAGGCGUUCAGCUCAUCUGCUUGAAAGGAAAAGCGAAGUACAAGGCUUCAGAAAAUGCUAUUGUCUGGAAGAUAAAACGGAUGGCAGGUAUGAAAGAAACUCAACUGUCUGCCGAAAUUGAAUUGUUAGAAACUGAUACUAAGAAAAAAUGGACACGUCCUCCUAUAUCCAUGAAUUUUGAGGUACCAUUCGCUCCUUCAGGAUUCAAAGUGCGCUAUUUGAAAGUUUUCGAGCCCAAGCUGAACUAUUCUGACCAUGAUGUUAUCAAGUGGGUGAGGUACAUUGGACGCAGUGGUCUUUACGAAACUCGAUGCUAAAUUGUUCUAUUUGUGCAUACCUCUCUCUGUCUUUCUUCUUUAUUAAGUUUCUUUCUUGUUAUGUUUUUAUACUCAGGUAUCUUUUGUUAUACAUAUUAUUACAAGUGGAUAUAGAACAGUUUUACAGAUGUUAUCACCGAUACAAAGAAGAGAAAAUUCAAUAAUUACUUCAUAUAUUGAAGUAAAGUUUGUUAGUUUAGGUUAACAAUGGCUCUAUAAUAUUUAUUUUUUGAAAUCCACACACACUAAACUUACCUAAAGGACAUUUGAAGAAUGAUAGUUGAGAGGAAUAAAUCUUGCAAUUCUGAUUGCACAAAUUUUUGCCGAGACAAUAACUGUUGUAUAUUAAUU